AUGGGAAUGCUAAGCACUGCAGCUUAUGUUCUUACUAUGGACAUGUUUGGCCCCAUCGCUGAUAAUGCUGGUGGGAUUGUGGAGAUGAGCCAGCAGCCAGAAAGUGUCCGUGAGAUCACAGAUCUUCUUGAUGCUGUUGGGAACACCACAAAAGCAACAACAAAAGGGUUUGCAAUUGGAUCUGCUGCACUUGCGUCAUUCCUUCUUUUCAGUGCAUAUAUGGACGAGGUUUCAGCGUUUGCUAAUGUGCCUUUCAAAGAGACGUACAAGGAGAAGCCAGAUUAUAGUCGUUGUGUUGCUAUUGUCGCAUCUGCUGCGUUGAGGGAAAUGAUAAAACCAGGAGCUUUAGCUAUAGCAUCACCCAUUGUAGUUGGUUUGGUGUUCCGGAUCUUGGGAUACUACACGGGACAACCUCUGCUCGGAGCUAAAGUUGUAGCUUCUAUGCUAAUGUUUGCAACAGUUUGUGGUAUCUUAAUGGCACUAUUCCUAAACACAGCGGGAGGUGCUUGGGACAAUGCGAAGAAAUACAUAGAGACCGGUGCACUCGGUGGCAAAGGAAGCGAAGCCCACAAAGCAGCCGUGACUGGUGAUACCGUUGGAGAUCCUUUCAAGGACACGGCCGGUCCAUCUAUUCACGUGCUCAUCAAAAUGCUUGCGACUAUAACUCUUGUCAUGGCUCCGGUCUUCCUCUGA